GCCUUCGUGCUGUACCUGGGGAUCGUUCAAUCAUGCACGAUGAGGCUUGGCAAUCUAAAUAAUUAAUGAUCGUCACGGCAAAUAAGUAAGGCCAGACAAGAACUCAAUCAUUCUGCAAAUACACCAAACUCGACAUUGCUUCUCAUUACCACUUUCAAAUCGCUUGCCUGGAAAUCCAUACUUUCCAUAACGCAUACGAAACGCACGUGAUUCUGCUGAUUAUCAUUUUUGUCGAGAAUGCACACAGAGAUCCAUUAUGCUGCAGGACUGGAAUCGUAGGGGCCGUAUUCGAGCAACUUCGAGGAUGUGUUGCUCUAUUUCAAGCAUGCUUGCACUUGGAGCGCAACUAGAAGUUGUGGGGGUUUCUUUCCGUGGCAUUAAUGAAGCCCGCAAGGUUUAUUAAAGGGGAAGAGGGAGAGACGGCCGAGGCUAUUUGAGCACCUGUUUCACUUGGUCAUAUUUCACCGUUUUCGACAUGGUUCUCGUUGUUUGUUAAAAUCCACACCAUUGCUUCUCUUCACGGGAAACGAAACAGAGGACACGAAAUCGUCUCCCCGUGAAUGUGCGUUUGGAAGCACCGAAACGAGGUUUAUCAGGAGAUGGCAGGAUUAGUCUGUAGUGCAAACCCUAAUGGUUUAGCAGACAACAGAAGAAUUUUGAAGGGCAGUAGUAGGCGACCGGAAUCUGUUUGUAACCAAUUCAUCGUUGAGCAUUCACAUUUUUGAGGUGAUGGGGAAAGUCCGAAAUCUGAACAGAGCAUGUGAAAACUGCGUUGGAUUUGCAUUUACAACUUCCGAACGCAGGAAACCCUACUGAAUGUCAGUCAGCCAAAUGAUUGCCAAGUUCGAGUAAGAACAUUCCAAACUUGUAACAUCUCAAGCUUCAAAAGGAGCGCGAUGCAGGCAAUGCACUAGUAUUUGACUUCGGUGUCUCGGUUCAAUCGGGAGUACAAUUGUGUUCAGUAAGAGAGGAAGGGGAGAAAAUAUCGGAAAUUGCUGUGAGAGAUCAUCUCUUACAGCAACACUCAUGCUCUGGGCUCCAUGAUUUGCUUGCGGCCUAAUACAUGCUCCAAUUGUUUUUGAGAAAGGUGCUUCGAUCGAAACAAGCAGCGUUGUGAGAUAGCUGCAUUGAACGUGACUGGAAGAAGUUACAAAAAUGACUAAGUCAAGGCAUCGUAAGAGCCGAUGGCAGGACCCUGUCUUGGCUGCGGGAUUGGUCAAGCAGAUUCAGCGAAAAUUCUACCCACUGUAUGCGUUCGGAUUCGAAGGCAUUCCUGGUAAAAGGGCACAGAUUGCUUGUGUGGACUCGAAUCUCAUCGCUUACGCGAUCGGAGGGAGUCUCGUCUUCCACAAUGUCUCCGGUGAAAAAUCGAUGCGGUUCUUUUCAUCCAGUGUUUCUGUUGAGUCAAUUGUUUGGGUAACGUCAUCACCAGGAGGAAAUCUAGUUGCAGCAUGUGAGAGGUUGAAGACAGGUCAUCAUCAGGUUUCCAUAAUUGAUGUAAAAAAGCUGGAAGCUGUUCAGACUAUUGGAGGGUUGGUUACGGGAGGUUGGCAACAAACCUCUUACGGGUAUUUCGUGCAAAUUAAGCCAGGAAAGAGUACGGAGCCUGUGCAUUUUCGGAGAAUGAGAGGCUGGUCAUAACUGCUUGCAAUAUUGACGAAAGUGCCCAAGUGGACUUCUGGGAUCUCAAAGAAGGCAGGGUUUUGAUCACUAGUUUGGUUCCAUACGCAGUCAACAAAAUUACGAUCAAUCCCCUUGAUGAUGAAGAAAGCGCCAUGAGUGGUCCCCUGCAUUUUAAAUUUUGGAGCAUCCAAGGAGGUGUUAAAAAAGAAACGAGCAUUCAAGGAUUGAAUGGUCGUCACGAUCAAAAGAUGACGAUCACAGACCACGUCUGGUUGGCUGAUACUAGCGUCGCAAUAUCAACUGCUGAAGGAUUUAUAUUCAUCGUGAGAGAUAAUGUUGUGCAACAUAAAUACACAGAUACCGGCCACACUAUAUGUUUGUUGAGCAUUGGCCGCGGAUUUUUCUGUGGACGAACUGAUGGAACCUUAACACAGUUUAUCGGAUUUGAACUGGCGAAGGUCAAGAUGCAGGAGAAGGAGAGCCCUUACGCUGAAGUCAAAUGCGUCACUCUACUGAGUGGAUAUUCGCAAAUCUCUUCCAUUGCUAUGCCGCCUCAUGGAGAAAAGCUUUUGUAUAUUGUUGAGGGCGAGACCGUGCUCAAAGUUCAUCUGGACAUCUCUGAGGAUGAAGAUGCAAUUCUUGGUUCUGAAACCAACCUGGCAAGAACCGUUCAUCUAUCAGUCUUCACUAUGAAAGGGAUUACUGGGAUUGAUGUUUGCGAACAGCGCAUGAUUGUAGUUACCUGCAGUGCUGACAAGAUCAUACGAGUUUGGAAUUACAACAAAUUGGUUUGCGAGAUUGCUCAUUUAUGUGAUGAGGCGCCGCAGCUGGUGACAGUAAGCCCUUGGGGCCAUUACCUGUUCGUCACGAUGGCACGGUGCAUCCAGGUCUAUCGCAUUCUUGGUUACAAGUGAGAUCCAGAUCCAAGCAGUUUUCUCUUCGUGAAUAGCAUUGGAGUACGAGUCUGCAGAGUUGGAAAGAAAAGACAGAACUUCAACACUGUAAAGACAUUAGUUCAAUGAAGAAUAUCAGGCAUCUAAAGUACAGUCCGAGUGGUCACUUGGUAGCAGCUGCAAACUCUAGGGAGAUAGUGCUCAUAGAUGCCUAUACCUGGAAGGUUUCCGCCAUUCUUAAGGGUCAUACUGGAGUUGUUACAACGCUCGCGUGGUCCUCCGACUCUAUGUAUGUGGCAUCAGCAGGUGCAGAUGGUGCUAUAUAUGCCUGGUUCUUGGAUGGUGGGCAUCGCUACCUGGAAUAUGUCAUCAAGGGGUCUAUUCAUACCUGUCUCCUCUUCGACCCGGCACGGACAUGCAUUAUCUCAUGUGGGCCUACGCUGCCCAUACGAGUGAUAGAUACAGACAAGAAAGUUGGACUGUCUUAUGGGAGGGAAUUUAAAUUUCUCCCAGAGAUCUUGGCAACAUCCAGUGAGCUAGAACCAGAUGACUCUCCUCCUGGGAGUGAAUGUAGCUCAGUACAAGGGACAAGUAAAGGGAGUCAGCGAGGGAGUAUUCAGGAAAGUCAUCGCGGGAGUGUCCGAGGGAGUAUUCAGGAAAGUCAUCGCGGGAGUGUCCAAGGAAGUAUUCAUGAGAGUCAUCGAGGUAGUUUCCAUGACAGUCACCGAGGAAGUGUUCAAGGAGUUCAUAAAGGAGAUGCCCAAGGGAAUAUUCAUGAGAGUCAUCGAGGUAGUAUCCAUGACAGUCACCGAGGAAGUGUUCAAGAUAGCCACCGAGGUAGUGUACAAGACAGUCAAAGAGGUAGUGGACAGCGUGGACGUACUCAAGAGAGUUACCUAGGGAGUCAAAGAGGGAGUGUGCACGGAUCUCAUCGUGGUAGUCUGCAAGAGAGUCAGAGAGGGAGUGUACAGGGAACUCAUCGUGGGAGUCUACUCGAGAUUCAAAGAGAGCGUGCAGAGAGAUCUAAUCGUGGGAGUUCCGAAAAUGUUUUAGAGACUUCUACGUAUGCUGCAAAGGCUCCAGAGAAGGUGCAGGAAAGAGUUGAAGCCAAGAAGGGCGACGGCACAAAUUUAGAGGGUAGCUGGGUGCAACACAGAUAUAGGUCUAACUGUAUAUUUGAGUUAACACUGGAAAAACCUGUCAAUUUCAUAGUCGGGUUGUUCAAAAAGGGAUUGCUCAUUACAGCGGCACCAAAUGGAGACCUGCGCUUGUAUGCGUACCCUUUUUCCCGAGAUAAACCUAAUCUUCUCAAAGAGGUGAUUCUUUUCCCAUCAGGUGAAAUUACUGGUCUAGGCCUCGACGUGGAGCGAAGUUUGAUUUUUGCAUCUUCAAACAGCGGUGCUUUGUUCGUGGCAGCGGUUGAACAGGACAUUGUGGGUGCAAAAGAAGAGGAUGCAGAUGGAUAUGAAACACCUCCUCCAGAAGUACCACCACCAGAUAUGCCUUUAAUAAAUCUUUAUCUGACCGACGCUGGCUCUGAUGCCCAUAACUUGCUAUUGGAAAGAGAUGAGGUGGAUGAAAUGAAACAUGAUUUGAUUGAGUUCAAAGUGAAAAUGGCAAGGGAGGCUAAAGACGCUUACUUCAAACAUCAACGGGAUGAGUUAGACUGGGCCUGUGAGAUGAAGGAGAGGGAGACCGCGUUUUUGGCCAGAGAAAAAGAUUACAUUGUGAAGGUGAAAAUUCUAGAACACAACCUUCAUACUGCUGUAAGUGAGAAGGAGGCUACAAUUCAGAGUCUCCUAAAUGCUCACAGCGAAACCACUCAGCAGCUUCAAGAUUACUUCCAGGACAAGCUAGCACAAGAGUUGGAUAGAUCACACAUCUCUAGGAAGCAAGCGCAGAAGGAUAGAACGACUCUCGAGAAUGAAAUGAGGAGUAAAGAGAACAUUUAUCUGGAGAAGCUCGUUGCUUUGGAACGCCAGCUGGAAGACGCAGAGGCCCGUGCAGAUGAAAGGGUGCAUAAAGUUAGGGAGGAAUGCAACAAGGAGAUUGAACAUUACAAGCUGGAAAUGGAAGAGGAUCUGCUUAUAAGUGACGACGAGCUGAACAAGGCAUUUGAAAAGCUGAACCAUGAUGUGAGUGCCGAAAAAGAUCGAGCUGACAGCAUAUACCAUUCUUUGAUGGCGGAGAAGAGAAAUGUCAUGCACAUUGAGAAACAGAUGAAAGAAAUGGAGGAAGCUCAUAUAGCUCACGUCACUACGAUAGAGAAACUAAACAAGGAAGUCGGAGUUCUGAAAAAGCUUGCCACUGAGCUCGACUUUGAGAAGAGGACACUGCGACAGGUCUUGAUAGAAACAGAGGAGAAGAGCCAACAUCUUGUCUCCGAAAGAAAAGAUCAGGAGACGAAGACUGUCGUCCGAGACUUCAAAAUCAAGCAGCUCAAAAAGGUCGAAGGUCCGUUGAAAGAAGCGACUGCUGAAUUGCGCAGCAAGCUGCGGGAAAUGGAGAGCCAUCAAUUGGGCCACGUUCUGGAGAUGAAGCGGCAAGGACUGGUAGCAGCAGCUCUGAGAGCCAAGAUUCAAAAUCUCGAGGAAGAAGCCGAAGAGCUCGAAAACCAACUGCACGAAAGGGACUCUUACGUCAACAUGUUCACUCAGGCCUUAUGUCGCUUGGUACAGGAGCAUGAAGUUGCAGAGUGGCCGCAGCUUACGAAACAGCUCUAUUUCACUUACGUCAAGGACGUGCAUCGCACAGCUGUUGCAGAAGGGUCCGACACCUACACUCACCUUCUGCAUCAAAGAGAGAAUCUGGAAAAAUUCGUGGCGAUUCUUAAACGCGAAAUUGCCAGAAGCGAGGAACGAAAUUGGAACGACUCGAGGCACUACAUGCAGCAAAACAUCGACUUGCUACACGAGUUUGGAGAAGCGCAACGCAACGUCAGGCGCUUAGCUUUUCUCAGUCAGAAGUAUCAGGGAGAAAUGGCGUACUGGAAGUCGAUAGCAGCGAAGAAGUGCCCGUCGGUGUUCAGUGCAGCGAGAGCAUCGCUGGUGAGCCCGAUGCUGGAUCAGAGGAGCUCGUCCAUCUCCAGAUGCUCGAAGAACACGCCGUGGGCCAAACACAGGCAGACGACAUCGGCGCAUGUGACGGGAGACUCGGCAGGAUCGAAUUCGUCCAGAAGAGGCUCGAGAACAUCGACGGCCAGCGCAUUGCAGCAGGCCAAAUUCGAGAGCGCGCUGCUGCACGAUGCGGAACGAGUGCGCGAGCAGUCUCGCUCCAGCACGCCUCUGGCCAACAUCGUCAAACCGUACGCCCACAGGGGCUCGGUUCCGCAAGCUGCGUCGUUGCGCUACAGCUUCACGCAGCAGCUGCUGGGCGAGCAGCGGCAGUGGUCGUCGUCGUCCGAGCUUCCGGACGAGAUCGACCGGGCCAAAAUGCUGGCCCUGAACAUCGAGGUCAUCGACCUGCGCAAGAAGAUCGCCACCAAGGACAAGGAGAUCCUUCGCCUGACCCGAGACCAGCGCAAAGUGUCGGGCGACUACCUCCCUCGAUCCCGCAGCGCCAGCAUUCUGGUUCACGCCCCUGUGGACGACGCCACGGCCAUCCCGGCAGCUCAAGACCCCACGACUGCUGCUGCCAUGCCCCUCCCACGGCGGCCCAGCACCGCAGCCGCACCCAGGAGGCGUUCCAGCAGCAGGAGCAGACUCGAAUCCCCGGGCGGUGUUGGUGUUGGUGUUGGAGCUGGAGCUGGAAGCACUACUGACUUGGCUCAGAAAUUCCCUCAAGAGAAUGAGAUUAUCUCGAUGGAUAGUUCUGCAGGGAUCACGACCCCCAGCAGUGCUACGGAUGCUGCAGAGCAGGAGCAGGGACGAGGAGAGCCUAUGAGUGCAAUUGCGCUUCUGGAAGAACACCGAGCCAUUGCUAUGGCAGCCCAAGCCGGAAAGGCCGGAAAAAGGAAGAGUGUGACCUUACAAGUGGAGGAGCCGAGCGCUAGCGGUGAUCGCAGAGCUAGUGGAGGAGCAGGAGAACGAGAACGAGAACGUCGAGGCAGCAUCAUGGCAGCUCUAACAGAAAGACGAGCUAGUGUUGCGGCAGCAGCGGAACAGGUACAACGAAGGGUGAGUAGCAUCGCUCCUGCCAUUGCUCCUGUUGUUGCUGCUGCGCCCAUUACGAAGGAGCGAAGGCCUAGUGCAGAACGACGUCGUAGUGCUACCCCUCCUCCUGCUGCUCCUGCUGCUGAUGCUGCUGAUGCUCCUCCUCCUACUCCUGUGGCGCCGAUCGAAGGUCAAGGAGUGAGUACAAUUUCUUCUUCCUCCUCUUCUGCUCAGCCUGACGAGGUGGUGGUAUCGGCGCCCGUGGCUGUUGAGGAGAACGCCCCACUUUCAGCAGAGGUGAGCACCCCGGCGCAGGAGGUGGUGCAAGACGAGACGAUACAGCCCUCGAAUGCCACCGAGAGCGUGGACACUGAGAAUAGUAAACAACUUCCCUCCUCCGAAAUCUAGACAUUAUUUUCCAAUCAGAAAGAGCAUGAAGAACGAGAGUUUUGACCAUAUUCAUAUCCCGGCCACCACUCAAGGUAGUCUCUCGGCUGCAGCUCUAACAUUUGAGCACUACCUUGAGUGUGAACCUCCCGCAGCUUAAGGUCCAUCAAUAUCGAAUCGACUAGUUCCGACUUAGUAGUUGUCCUCCACAAGCUCCAAACUCCGCAACAGGUGAGCAAUCUUCGGGUUUCAGAGCCUGAGAACUCUUAAAUUGACAGAUUUCACCGUUGUGAAUCCGAGUCAAAAAUCACAAAAGCCAUGAAAACCACGAAAAGGCCUCCAAAUGCUCAGUCCGAACAUUCGGUGUGAUUCCAUUCAGAAACCAUAUUUCCAGAAAAGCUCACUUCACGUACUGCACUUCCCACCGCAGCUCAAAGUUUCACCAUUUCAACCCAGUGCAGUUACAGUGAAGUUGUACAACAGACAGCAGACAUACUUUCAUCAGCCUGACGAGACCUCGAGGCAACUGUAUAGGACUGAGUUUCUACCAUCGCUCCUUCUCUCCCUCCCUUUCUCGUCGAUUGAGGUCGUCUCACCGAUCCAACCAAACGCAAUCGGAGAGAAUUUAGCUGCAGGAAAGUCAAAACCAAACCAACAAUUUCCUCGAGUUGGGCCUCUAAUUCAGCAGCAACAAUCAAUCAAUAGGACUGUGGGAGAGCAGCAGACAGACCAUGCGCUCGUCUCUGGUUCGCGCA